AUGCGCAUAACGGAAUUAUCGCAAGUGUUGCAAGCUCUAUCAGAACGUGCUCGCGCGGGCACUCAGCAUAUUCAGCGACUGAGGGCCAUAUCGGAAACAGUUAUGAAAUCCGCGAAACGCGCCGAAGACGAUGCCACGGCCAAGUUUGACUGCCUAAUCCAAACCAUAGAGGCGAAGAAGGCUGAACUGAUCGCGGCAAUUAAGGAGGAAAGGGACAGGAAACAGAGCGCUCUCAAGGAGCAGAUUUUUCAAUGCACCUCUAAGCUUACGAGAUCAACGGGCCUAAUCCAGUUCUGCAUAGAGAUGCUGAAGGAGAACGAUGCUCCUUCUUUUCUUCUGGUCUCCCAGUCGCUCAUUAACCGCGCCCUGCACACGGAGCAGUCUUUUCUGCAUGCAAUUGAAGCGCCCCCAGCUGUCACCCAGUACUGCCCCCUGACACAGCAACCGACGACCUCCAGUCAGUCGCACCCACCCACACCCUCCCACUGGUCGAAGGGACGAUCUGCGCCACUCGCUUACUCCAGUUUCGUCUCUCUGAUGCAACUUGAUGCCAUUCACAAGGUCGUCAGUGACCUCACACUUCACGAGGGACUCGAAGACCAACUUAUCGACUGUUCGUCAUCAAGCGCAUCCUCCGAUUGUGAUGUUCCAAGUGCGCCGGUUUUCCGUGCAGAGGAGUGUCUCUCGGAAGGGAAUAUAAUCACACUGGUGUGGCAGCCCUGUCCAGGUUUUGGGAUCGAUUACUACACUCUUGAAAUCGACGACGGAGCAGGCGGCGCCUUCCGGAAAGUCUACCGUGGGAUUGAAACAAUGUGCACAAUCGAAGGCCUCCACUUCCGGUCGGUGUACAGAGCCCGCGUGAAGGCCCACAACCAAUCUGGGUACAGUGCUUACAGCGAUCGACUGGUGAUGCAAACAUCAAUGUAUUCCUGGUUUCACAUGGACAGUUCGCAUUCUUCAGUUGGAGGCUUGCAGUUUUCGAAUUCAAAUCGCUCUGUCACGUGCCAGUCCAUGGAGGACUGUGUUGUCCUCGCUUCAACGGGUCUCUCGCGUGGAGUUCACUACUGGGAGUUUGUGAUCGAUCGACUUGACCAGGGGGGCCAACCUGCGUUUGGCGUUGCCAAGUCAGAUUGCAACAAGGAGGCUAUGCUCGGUCAUGACACUCGGGCCUGGGCGAUGUACAUCGACCGGAAAAGAAGCUGGUUUCUGCACAAAGGAGAGCACUUUGAACGCACCGACGGGGGAAUCCACGUGGGGAGCGUGAUAGGCGUUCGACUGGACUGCGACCGCGGCUCCCUCUCCUACUACCUGGACGAUGAACCCCACGGUCCCAUCGCCUUCACCGGCCUCCCUGCCGGUGUCUACUACCCCGCCAUCAGCUUGAACCGAUCGGUUCAGGUCACCCUGCGCUCCGGCCUGGAGCCGCCUUCGGAGAGCGAAGACAGCGACGAGGACACCUCUGGCUGUGCCGCCCGCAGCGGCUCACAACCGUCCUCCAGACCCCAGUCAGGCCAGCCAAAAUAA